AUGCACAUUGUAUUUCGUCUUUUGUUGAUCGUUGCACUAGUCGCCGUUCUCGUUCACAGUCAGGGUUCGGGUGGCGGAAGUCGAGGUGGUGGAAGUCGAGGUGGUGGAAGCCGGGGUGGUAGCAGCUACAGAGGUAGUACAAAUCGUGGAGGUAGUUGUCAAGGUUCACAGUGUCGCUUAGCAGGAAUUAUUGCAGGCAGUGUAAUAGGUGGUAUAUUCGGUCUAAUCGCAAUCAUCUUGCUUACUAUAUUUUGUUGUCGUCGAUAUCGUAAUCGAUCUACAGAAUUGCAUACAAGUUUCGUCGAUAAGAGUUCUACAGAUGGACGUAAUAGAACUUAUCAAACGUAUGAAGAAGACUGCUUCAAAAAUGGAGACUGGCAAAGUCGAUAUUAUCAAUAUGGUCAAUGGCAUGGGCCACAUCGAAUGUCACUAAUAUUCGAUCGUGCUGCAAGCCAAGUGACUGGAAAGGGAUACGAUCAUGUUGGAGAUUUUACCGUUGACGGAACAUUUUCUGUGGAGAAACAACAUAUUACUCUGACUAAAACCUAUGCAUUAGGUACUGGUGAUGCCAAAGAAAACUUCGGACAUACAGUAACUGUGGAAUUAACGUGGAAUUCGAGUCAUGCUCGAUUUGAAGGCAAAUGGUUUGUCCAAACCAAUCAUUAUCGUGGUGAAGAUAAAUUCGAGUUGAAAUUCGGAGACUGA